AGCAAUGCACGGCAACUGUUAGGGCCAGUGUUCUCAUUUUGCCCCUCACAAAGGCUACAAGGAGAGAGAACACUGCUAUGGAUCCGCUGGUGGGUGCGAUUGACCAGGGCACGAGCUCAACGAGGUUUCUGGUGUUCAAUGCCAAGACUGCUGAAUUAAUCGUUCACCACCAAGUGGAAAUUAACCAGAAUUUUCCAAAGGAGGGGUGGGUGGAAGAGGACCCUAAGGAAAUAAUACAAUCAGUCUAUGAAUGUAUUCAGAAAACGUGUCAAAAACUUGGUCAGCUCUACAUUGAUAUUGGCAACAUUAAAGCUGUAGGUGUGACCAAUCAGAGAGAGACAACUCUGGUUUGGGACAAAGAUACUGGAGAACCUCUCUAUAAUGCUAUCGUCUGGCUAGAUCUUCGCACACAAUCUACAGUCGAGAAUCUCAUCAACAAAGCACCAGGCAAAAACAAGAAUCACCUCAGGCACAAGACAGGCCUUCCCAUCAGCACUUACUUUAGUGCAGUAAAGCUACGUUGGCUGCUGGACAACGUGGACACAGUGCAGCAGGCUGUGCUGAGUGGACGUGCAAUGUUUGGUACAGUGGACUCCUGGAUCAUCUGGUGUCUGACAGGUGGCAACAGUGGAGGAAUCCACUGCACAGAUGUUUCGAAUGCUAGUCGCACUAUGCUCUUCAAUAUUCACACUAUGGCGUGGGAUCAUGAGUUGUGCAGUUAUUUUGAUAUUCCAAUGGAACUUCUCCCCGAAGUCAAAAGCUCCUCUGAAAUAUACGGCUGGAUGAAAACAACAAGCCUUGAAGGAGUUCCAAUCUCUGGGUGUCUCGGUGACCAGUCAGCGGCCCUAGUUGGUCAAAUGUGCUUUGAGGACGGCCAGACUAAAAACACCUACGGAACGGGUUGCUUCAUGCUCCAAAAUACAGGAAAUAAGCCCGUGAUGUCAGAACAUGGCCUGCUGACCACAGUUGCCUACAAGCUAGGAACGGAUAAGCCUCCUUGCUAUGCACUUGAGGGCUCAGUGGCUAUUGCUGGGGCAGUAGUCCGUUGGCUCAAAGACAAUAUGGGCAUCGUGCAAUCAUCUGCAGAGAUUGAGCAAUUAGCCGCCUCUGCAGGGACAUCUUACGGCUGUUAUUUUGUGCCUGCUUUUUCUGGGCUUUAUGCUCCAUAUUGGGAGCCGAGUGCACGAGGCAUCAUCUGUGGCCUCACACAAUUCACCAACAAGAGCCAUUUGGCUUUUGCGUCUCUUGAAGCUGUUUGCUUCCAAACCAGAGAGAUCCUUGAUGCAAUGAACAAGGACAGUGGUGUCCCUCUGGUGCAGCUGAAGGUGGAUGGAGGCAUGACAGCUAACAGAUUACUGAUGCAGCUACAGGCCGACAUUCUUGGCGUAGCUGUCGUGAAACCCUCCAUGGCGGAGACUACGGCGCUAGGCGCAGCAAUGGCAGCAGGGGCUGCAGAGGGAGUGAAUGUCUGGAGCCUGAAGCAAAGUAAUCUUCCACAUAUCACCUCGGAAAAAUACGAGCCUCAGAUCAACUCUGAUGAAAGCGAGUUCCGAUUUGCUCGCUGGAAGAAGGCCGUCCAAAGAUCGAUGAACUGGGAGACCUCAGAAACCGAUGACUGUCACAAUGGUAAGGAAUUUCUCUUGACCUGAAUGUGGACAUGCUUUUAAGCGGGACUCUAAUUCUGGAUAUUUCAUCUUGAAUGCACCCUCUUCCUGCCAGGUUUAGAGAAAAAAAGUUAAUGGCAUACCCUGGGAGGUCUUUCCUCCACUCCGCCCAACCACAGUGGACCUCUAAGGUCUGGCACUGAGCUGCUGCUUUCCUUCCUAUCUUUGUGCAAUCAGGUUUGGGGGUCUUCAGGUCAAAUCUUUCACACUGUUAAAAAAAAAUGGUUUGAUGCUCCCAACUUCUGCGAUUAUAGUGAAACACUAACUAAAAGCUGUGAACAUGUUGUGAACCUUGUAACACUGCAUGGCUACAUCUAACAUGGCUUUUUCUCAUGCAAAAAAAAAAAAAAAAGUACUUUGACCCUCUUUUUCCUCUUGAUCUCCAGAUAACCAGUGACCUUAGUGUGAGUGUGGCGCAAGACCUACACGAGGAUGAAUUCAGGUGCUAAAUGUAGCCAAACAGUUACAAACAAAAAGUUACAACAGUGGUGUCCAAAUGAGUCCAAGAGGACUGCAGCGAGUGCAAGUUUUUGUUCCAGCAGUUUAAUCACUGAAGUUUCUGCAGGGAAAAAAAAAACAUCUGACUGCAGUCAACUGAUUAAACUUAGUUAGGUAAAAAUGUGUCCUCUACGACAGUUGGUAUGAAAACAUGCUCACACUGCAGCUCUCUGUGCUUUAGUUUGCCUACCCGAAUGACUAAAAUAUACCUCAUCGCUGUGACGAUCAACGCACACGCUGUAAGCUAGUUGGAUGAAGAGUGGAAGCUGUGGCGCAAUCAGAGCACAAUUGUCUUAUUUGUAAAGAAAACACUUUUUGCCAGUUAGGUGGUGGGCAGUUCUUGAUGUGUGAUCAGAAGUACUCAGAGACAGGCUAUGGCAGCAACUUGGCAUUCGUGUGCUGAAAUUGUAUUAAUUGAAAUGUAAAAUAUGUCAAGUUGAAUUCAUGGAAAAUUACUCUUUUUACUAUGGGAAACACAUUUUUAUGCAGGAAUGAAUGGAAAAGAAAUGCAAUAUAAUAUGUAUACAGGGUUAAAAGGCAUUGAUAUAUUUUUUGAAUGACCAGAUGUUUCUAAACAUCUGAAGUAUAGAGCAUUGAGCUUGUCAUCAUGGUCAUCAGAGACAUUUAUACAAAUGUAUUCCAGCCUACUUUCAUUUUGACUUGUAUAAUGUUGACUAUGGUACAUUUUUCAACUGAGAUGACUCUUGUUCCAUUUUUUUUUGGCAACUUUUGGUGAAGUACUCGCCAACUUCUCGAUUUCUCUGUGCAAUUAGCUAUACUCACCUGCUGGAAUUUCCACAUUUUUAUGAUGAAAGCUGGAUUUUUUUGUGCCUCUACUAUUAUGGAUGUAAUUAAGCACAAUAAAUAGCCAUUUUCAAUAUUCAACAUCAGUGGAGACUCAUUAUUUCAACCCAUAGUAUACAGAGGUCAUUUUGUGAGACAAAGUCCGUGGUCACACAAGCAUGAUUUUUUGCACUAUAUAUAAAAAAUAUCUAAGGAAGUACUGUAUAUAGCCACAUUAUACAAUUCAUACAAAUGAAAGAAAACAGGAUCGAGAUAGCUUCAGCCCAAAUAACGCAUGUGAGCAGAACAUAUCAAUACAUCCUGACAAUCAGUCCAGGAAUUCUAAUCAUUCGAUUAGCGCGAGAACUGCCUGUUGUCAUUACGUCCUUUGUUGAUGUGCUUAAAGAUUUUGGACUUGUGCACAUUCUUGGAUUUCUGGUAACCAAAACCACCACCACCGCCUCGCUUUUGCAACUUUGCACCUUUACU